AUGUUCGGUUCGUCAUGGGGUCAGAACAACCAAAACCAACAAAAUCAGGCGCAGCAAGGAACUGGGCUCUUUGGCCAGCCUGCGCAACAGCCGCAACAGCAACCACAGCAAGGGGGUGCAUUUGGUAAUACAGGGUUCGGUUCCGCCGGAUUCGGCCAACAGCAGCAGCAACAGCCUGGGCAGACGGGCAGCAUUUUUGGGCAGCCCCAACAGCCUCAGCAGAACCAACAACCAGGAUUCGGCGCGUUUGGAGGCGGAUCCAACACAACCAGCACUUUUGGACAAGCCAAACCAUUUGGUUCUACUGGCUUUGGAACAACUAAUACGACCGCGACAACGGCGCCUUCGUUUUCCUUCACAGGCACUAGUAAUCCAACGCCCACGAAUGCAUUUGGAACCAACACUACUGGGGGAUUUGGAACUCAGAACCAAACACCAACGAGCACCUUUGGACAACCCUCGACUAGCACUUUUGGUGGUGGAACAACUGGGUUUGGGUCCAAUACUGGGGGAGCCUUUGGGUCUACUAACACAACAAGUACGUUUGGAACUGCCACUAAUACCGGUGGUGGGAUGUUUGGGGCCCCGAAACCUGCAACGGGAGGCCUCUUUGGAGCAGCCACCACAACAACGAAUGCAGCAGGCCAAGGAACAGCAUCCCCUGCAUAUCAAGCCACCCAAGAACGUGAUACGGCUGUGGGAGGAAGCUCAACGACGCUUCAUUAUCAGAGUAUAACUGCUAUGCCCGCAUAUCGCAAUUUUUCGUUUGAAGAACUCCGAGCCCAAGAUUAUGCUGCAGGUCGUAAGAACUCGACUUCAACAGGUUUUGGGACGUCUGCCUUUGGGUCGGCCACCAACACAACUGCCCCCUCGACCGGUCUGUUCGGUCAGCCUGCUCAACAGAACCAGCCCCAGCAAACAGGCAUCUUUGGCCAACCAGCACAACCCGCGCAAUCGACAGGUUUAUUCGCAGCCAUCGACUGGGCUAUUUGGCCAACCUGCCAGCAAUACUGCUACGACUGGAACGGGUUGUUUGGCCAGCAAACGAACACCACUACGGGUGCAUUUGGCAGCAAUACCGGAACCACUAGUUCGUUUGGUGGUGGAGGGUUGUUCGGUGCAAAGCCUGCUACGACUGGAGCAUUUGGUGCAGCCACUACUCAGCCGUCCACAGGAUUCGGCACAUUUGGUCAAAAUAACCAACCUCAGACUGGCCAGACUACGAGUAUUUUUGGUCAGCCACAACAGAAUCAGCAACAGCCUGCGACCGCUGGGUUCGGGUUUGGCACAAACAACACCGCAAAUAAACCUCUGUUCGGACAACCCGCGGCGCAGACGCAGACCACAGGUUUGUUCGGGCAGCCAGCUCAGCAAAACACUGGCGCUGGCUUGUUUGGACAACCGGCACAGAACACUGCGGCUGCCCAACCUGCACAGACCGGUGGUUUAUUCGGCGGCUUUGGACAAAACCAACAACAGGCUCAACCUGCCCAACCUUCGACAGGAUUGUUUGGUCAACCAGCCCAGACGCAGCCUGCGGCGACGACAGGAACUGGAUUGUUUGGUGGUGGAGGCGGACUCUUCGGUCAAAACAACCAGCAGCAGCAACAGCAGCCAGCUACUUCUCUUUUUGGAAAACCUGCUGGUACCACUGGUGGUUUGUUUGGUGGCACUACUACGGCCGCUCCUGCCACAAGCGGUGGUCUGUUCGGAAGUACUAACGCAGCCAACACUCAGCAGCCAGCCACUGGUGGUUUAUUCGGCCAGGCAAACAAGUCCAUCUUCGGUUCCACUCCUGUCGCCAACCCUGCUCAACAGACGUCCAUCUUUGGCCAGUCCGUGCAACCCGCCUCCCAGCCUUCGCUUUCUGCGUCGAUCGACCAAAAUCCAUUUGGCAGCAACCCCUUGUUCGCGAACCUCCCACCAGGCCCCCACGUGUUCUCCGUUUCCCAGAACCAGGCCAAGAAACCACUCAUUAGCGUAUCCCCUCGCAAGAAUUUCUAUCGCCCAAGCACGCCUCAAUUGACUAAGCUUCGAGGGUUUGCGACCCCCCUCCGUCCGCAUCGGUUGAUGCUAGCGUUAAUCCCUUUACUCGGACAAUCUCCAUCUCUCACUGCUAGUUUAAGCGAUAACCGAUCUUUAGGAGGCCGUUCGAGUGUUAAGAAGCUCGUCUUGGAUAAAGACGUCAACGCAUCUGACCUGCCAUCAUCUGGAUCUUUGUUUGCUGCUGCUGCUGGCACUCGGUCUACUCCUUCAAAGAGCAAAGUGGUAUUCCACCCUGAUCUUGUACAGCGUGCUGUUGCUGGUGAUGGCUUGUUUAACUCGACCGUUUCUCGCACAGCCGUGACUGCUCGUGCAUCAAUCGACCUUGGUCCUUCACAUUCGUACUCUGCCAAUGCACCUGUACGAGAGGAAUCAACUGUACGAGACGAUACCCCGGCUGCUACCGCUACCGACGGCGACUAUUGGAUGGUCCCAUCACUUGCUGAGCUUCAGGGCAUGAUGGAUCUUACGACCGUAUAUGCCAUCUCAGAUAUCCCCGAAAAGACUGUUCUCUUUGAAGAAGGCGCAUGCACGGUUUAUCCCGACGAGUCUCAAAAAGCUGCUCGCGGCGAAGGGCUCAACGUUCAUUCGGAGAUUAGUUUGGAGAAAUGCUGGCCAAGAGACAAGGCCACCCGUGCACCCAUCAAGAACCCGAACGACCCCGCGUGGCAGAGACAGGAACGCAAGUUGCGUAAGAUGAAGGAUACCGAGUUUAUUUCGUUUGAACCCGAGAGUGGAGUGUGGACUUUCCGAGUACCACAUUUCACGCGCUAUGGGCUUGGAAGUGAUGAUGAAGAUGAAGACGAGGCAGGCGCACCUCCUGCCGUAGAGGAAGACGAAGAACAAGAGGAAGAACCUUCGGUUCACGAGACAGAAGGGUCCGAGACCGAGUCUGAAACUGCGUCUGAGCCCGAGUUCGAGCAUCGUCUCGUUCCAGUUGCCAAAUCUACUACUCCCGAGGCACCUCGCAACUCGAACCGCCAUGGCCCGUUUGCAGCUACGAUCGGUCUCGACCCGCGCAAAGUUCAGGUUAUGCAAGCCUCAAUGUUUCACAACGAUCCUGGCCCAGAGGUGACUCGCAGCCGUUCCGCUUUCUUGGCUCGUGAUGUUCUCCCGGAGACUGUAGACAAGGUCGCCCCUAUCCCAAAGCCCAAACCCAAGCCGAAGCCUGAGCCACAGCCACUAAGGAAGUACGAACGUGUGCCCAACGAAAAAUCCGUGACCAAGUCCUUUUCUGGCGCGUACAUGGAUGCGGGGCUUGCACUCGGGCGAUCUUUCCGUGUAAGUUGGGGUCCGAACGGCGAACUCGUGCAUAUCGGAAAGAUUUGUGGUACUGCCACUAAAGAUUCUUUGCCUUCGAGUCCCAGCAUCGUCAACUUAUCAAGAGUUCCGCUGCUCAGUAACCCUGACGACAUAGAAGUUAUACGAGCCAACAAGUUAUUGGAAUACCAGAUCAAGAACUCCGACGUCGAUCUAGAUGAUCAAGGUGUGCCCGUCGCCACCCCCAAUGAAGAUAUUCGCUUCCACCACGUGGCUGACCUCUUCGGCCCGGAUGAUCGCUCGCAUGAGUCCAGCGUUUGGCGCCUUGGAGCUGCACUCUUUGACGAAAUUAACAUCCGUCUCUCACAAGGCGUCGCUUCUAAUAUUCGAGAGCAAAUUACCUCCAUGCGUCGCCGCCAUGCCUUGGAGAAAUGGCUUCAGACAACGGUGGCUCCCAGUGUUGAGUUCGACUUGCGCGAAUUGAGCGGGACAUCCGCUGCUAACCGCGCAUUCCUCAUGCUGACGGGAAACCAAAUAGCUAGAGCAACUGACGCUACGAUGGAAGCGAACGAAAUGCAUCUCGCAACGCUGAUAUCUCAGAUCGGUGGAGACGCCGAGUUCCGAAACGAUAUUGAAUCCCAGUUGGCUAAAUGGAAGGAACAAAAAAUCGAUGCUCACAUUGACGUCUGGGUUCGAAAGAUUUAUGCACUGCUCGCUGGAAUUGUGGGCAGUGUGGAGGGUUCCAAGAGCCGCGACCCUGCCGAAAAGUCCAGCGACAUUGUGGUUGCCGAAAGCUUGGACUGGAAGCGUGCGUAUGGAUUGCACCUGUGGUUUGGUGGAUCCUUCAACUCUCCGAUUGUCGACUCUCUGGAGAGCUAUGAAACGGCAUGCAACAGCGCUUCGCUUGCUACCGCUCAUCCUCACCCUUGGUAUAUUGAACGACCUGCGUCUGUCGAUUCCGAUGCUCUCAGGUGGAUUGUAUCUGGCGAAAGUGUACCCAAAGAUGCUUUGUUUGAGAUUAUCAAACUGGCCAUGGACGACACGGUGCCACUUGAUGUUGCUCUCUACCCCCGCGCAUUUGGACCUAGCCCCAUUGACUAUAGGAUUUCUUGGCAUGUUUAUAUGCUACUCGCGCGUGUCCUUCGGGAACGAGAUGUGUCCGAUCGGUCGCUCGUUGAGGAAGAAGGCGAGGAAGAACCUCAGUUAUCUUAUAGUCACAAGGCAGAUGCUAUCACAUCUAAUUAUGCCUCUCAAUUGGAAAACUUGGGAUUGUGGUGGUAUUCCAUAUUUGUAUUGCUGCACCUACAAGAAUCGGACGGUCGUUUGAUUGCCAUCAAGGCCCUGCUGGCUCGACAUGUCUCUGAGCUGGAUGAAGAGAAAGAAGAGUUCCUCGUAAAUCAACUCUGCAUACCUCAAGACUGGAUUGAAGAGGCCAAGGCAAUUAUCUCUCAGUACACCAAUCAAUCCUACCAGGCGUUCGAGUUCUUCGUUGCUGCCGGGCAGGUCAAACCUGCAUAUGACAUGGCCCUUCGUGAUCUCGCACCCGAGGCUGCCAUUCGAAACGACUUUGAUUUACUCAUUUCCCUCUUCGCGGACAAAGGAUUCGAGAGUUUGGACGAUUGGACCUUCCGUGGCCAGCUCUAUCUCCAGUAUGCAGAAUGCAUGUCCAAACUCCCUGAGCUGUUAUUUGAUGCGGCUAUAGGAGAACCCGACGCGAUUCAAGCCAUCGAACUAGAGCGCUUGAGCCGCGAACAUUCGCCAGCAAAUUUGUUGGGCAACAUGAUUUCGUCCUUGAUGCAAUUCCUACCCGCGCUCAAACACAGAGGCAUGAACAUCCGUCCUCAACUCCAAUCCACCAUGGUUGAAGAAUCGGUCCGCUUGGAGCACAUCCAAGCCAUGGCUCACGAACGGUUCAUGACCGCAAUCGAAACGCUAGGCUAA